AGUGCACAGAGCCUCCUCGGCUGAGGGGACGCGAGGACUGUCCUCGCCGCCGUCGCGGGCAGUGUCUAGCCAGGCCUUGACAAGCUAGCCGGAGGAGCGCCUAGGAACCCGAGCCGGAGCUCAGCGAGCGCAGCCUGCAGCUCCCGCCUCGCCGUCCCGGGGGGCGUCCCGCCUCCCACCCCGCCUCUGGACUUGUCUCUUUCUCCGCGCGCGCGGACAGAGCCGGCGUUUAGGCCCGAGCGAGCCCGGGGGCCGCCGGCCGGGAAGACAACGCGGGCACCGAUUCGCCAUGGAGGGCGCCGGCGGCGAGAACGAGAAGAAAAAUAGGAUGAGUUCUGAACGUCGAAAAGAAAAGUCUAGAGAUGCAGCAAGAUCUCGGCGAAGCAAAGAGUCUGAAGUUUUUUAUGAGCUUGCUCAUCAGUUGCCACUUCCCCACAAUGUGAGCUCACAUCUUGAUAAAGCUUCUGUUAUGAGGCUCACCAUCAGUUAUUUACGUGUGAGAAAACUUCUGGAUGCCGGUGGUCUAGACAGUGAAGAUGAGAUGAAGGCACAGAUGGACUGUUUUUAUCUGAAAGCCCUAGAUGGCUUUGUGAUGGUGCUAACAGAUGACGGCGACAUGGUUUACAUUUCUGAUAACGUGAACAAAUACAUGGGGUUAACUCAGUUUGAACUAACUGGACACAGUGUGUUUGAUUUUACUCAUCCAUGUGACCAUGAGGAAAUGAGAGAAAUGCUUACACACAGAAAUGGCCCAGUGAGAAAAGGGAAAGAACUAAACACACAGCGGAGCUUUUUUCUCAGAAUGAAGUGCACCCUAACAAGCCGGGGGAGGACGAUGAACAUCAAGUCAGCAACGUGGAAGGUGCUUCACUGCACGGGCCAUAUUCAUGUCUAUGAUACCAACAGUAACCAACCUCAGUGUGGGUACAAGAAACCACCCAUGACGUGCUUGGUGCUGAUUUGUGAACCCAUUCCUCAUCCGUCAAAUAUUGAAAUUCCUUUAGAUAGCAAGACAUUUCUCAGUCGACACAGCCUCGAUAUGAAAUUUUCUUACUGUGAUGAAAGAAUUACUGAGUUGAUGGGUUAUGAGCCGGAAGAACUUUUGGGCCGCUCAAUUUAUGAAUAUUAUCAUGCUUUGGAUUCUGAUCAUCUGACCAAAACUCACCAUGAUAUGUUUACUAAAGGACAAGUCACCACAGGACAGUACAGGAUGCUUGCCAAAAGAGGUGGAUAUGUCUGGGUUGAAACUCAAGCAACUGUCAUAUAUAAUACGAAGAACUCCCAGCCACAGUGCAUUGUGUGUGUGAAUUAUGUUGUAAGUGGUAUUAUUCAGCACGACUUGAUUUUCUCCCUUCAACAAACAGAAUCUGUGCUCAAACCAGUUGAAUCUUCAGAUAUGAAGAUGACUCAGCUGUUCACCAAAGUUGAAUCAGAGGAUACAAGCUGCCUUUUUGAUAAGCUUAAGAAGGAGCCUGAUGCUCUCACUCUGCUGGCUCCAGCUGCCGGCGACACCAUCAUCUCUCUGGAUUUUGGCAGCGAUGACACAGAAACUGAAGAUCAACAACUUGAAGAUGUUCCAUUAUAUAAUGAUGUAAUGUUUCCCUCUUCUAAUGAAAAAUUAAAUAUAAACCUGGCAAUGUCUCCUUUACCUUCAUCGGAAACUCCAAAGCCACUUCGAAGUAGUGCUGAUCCUGCACUGAAUCAAGAGGUUGCAUUAAAAUUAGAAUCAAGUCCAGAGUCACUGGGACUUUCUUUUACCAUGCCCCAGAUUCAAGAUCAGCCAGCAAGUCCUUCUGAUGGAAGCACUAGACAAAGUUCACCUGAGAGACUUCUUCAGGAAAACGUAAACACUCCUAACUUUUCCCAGCCUAACAGUCCCAGUGAAUAUUGCUUUGAUGUGGAUAGCGAUAUGGUCAAUGUAUUCAAGUUGGAACUGGUGGAAAAACUGUUUGCUGAAGACACAGAGGCAAAGAAUCCAUUUUCAACUCAGGACACUGAUUUAGAUUUGGAGAUGCUGGCUCCCUAUAUCCCAAUGGAUGAUGAUUUCCAGUUACGUUCCUUUGAUCAGUUGUCACCAUUAGAGAGCAAUUCUCCAAGCCCUCCAAGUAUGAGCACAGUUACUGGGUUCCAGCAGACCCAGUUACAGAAACCUACCAUCACUGCCACUGCCACCACAACUGCCACCACUGAUGAAUCAAAAACAGAGACGAAGGACAAUAAAGAAGAUAUUAAAAUACUGAUUGCAUCUCCAUCUUCUACCCAAGUACCUCAAGAAACGACCACUGCUAAGGCAUCAGCAUACAGUGGCACUCACAGUCGGACAGCCUCACCAGACAGAGCAGGAAAGAGAGUCAUAGAACAGACAGACAAAGCUCAUCCAAGGAGCCUUAACCUGUCUGCCACUUUGAAUCAAAGAAAUACUGUUCCUGAGGAAGAAUUAAACCCAAAGACAAUAGCUUCGCAGAAUGCUCAGAGGAAGCGAAAAAUGGAACAUGAUGGCUCCCUUUUUCAAGCAGCAGGAAUUGGAACAUUAUUGCAGCAACCAGGUGACUGUGCACCUACUAUGUCACUUUCCUGGAAACGAGUGAAAGGAUUCAUAUCUAGUGAACAGAAUGGAACGGAGCAAAAGACUAUUAUUUUAAUACCCUCCGAUUUAGCAUGCAGACUGCUGGGGCAGUCAAUGGAUGAGAGUGGAUUACCACAGCUGACCAGUUACGAUUGUGAAGUUAAUGCUCCCAUACAAGGCAGCAGAAACCUACUGCAGGGUGAAGAAUUACUCAGAGCUUUGGAUCAAGUUAACUGAGCGUUUCCUAAUCUCAUUCCUUUUGAUUGUUAAUGUUUUUGUUCAGUUGUUGUUGUUUGUUGGGUUUUUGUUUCUGUUGGUUAUUUUUGGACACUGGUGGCUCAGCAGUCUAUUUAUAUUUUCUAUAUCUAAUUUUAGAAGCCUGGCUACAAUACUGCACAAACUCAGAUAGUUUAGUUUUCAUCCCCUUUCUACUUAAUUUUCAUUAAUGCUCUUUUUAAUAUGUUCUUUUAAUGCCAGAUCACAGCACAUUCACAGCUCCUCAGCAUUUCACCAUUGCAUUGCUGUAGUGUCAUUUAAAAUGCACCUUUUUAUUUAUUUAUUUUUGGUGAGGGAGUUUGUCCCUUAUUGAAUUAUUUUUAAUGAAAUGCCAAUAUAAUUUUUUAAGAAAGCAGUAAAUUCUCAUCAUGAUCAUAGGCAGUUGAAAACUUUUUACUCAUUUUUUUCAUGUUUUACAUGAAAAUAAUGCUUUGUCAGCAGUACAUGGUAGCCACAAUUGCACAAUAUAUUUUCUUUAAAAAACCAGCAGUUACUCAUGCAAUAUAUUCUGCAUUUAUAAAACUAGUUUUUAAGAAAUUUUUUUUGGCCUAUGGAAUUGUUAAGCCUGGAUCAUGAAGCUGUUGAUCUUAUAAUGAUUCUUAAACUGUAUGGUUUCUUUAUAUGGGUAAAGCCAUUUACAUGAUAUAAAGAAAUAUGCUUAUAUCUGGAAGGUAUGUGGCAUUUAUUUGGAUAAAAUUCUCAAUUCAGAGAAGUUAUCUGGUGUUUCUUGACUUUACCAACUCAAAACAGUCCCUCUGUAGUUGUGGAAGCUUAUGCUAAUAUUGUGUAAUUGAUUAUGAAACAUAAAUGUUCUGCCCACCCUGUUGGUAUAAAGACAUUUUGAGCAUACUGUAAACAAACAAACAAAAAAUCAUGCUUUGUUAGUAAAAUUGCCUAGUAUGUUGAUUUGUUGAAAAUAUGAUGUUUGGUUUUAUGCACUUUGUCGCUAUUAACAUCCUUUUUUCAUAUAGAUUUCAAUAAGUGAGUAAUUUUAGAAGCAUUAUUUUAGGAAUAUAGAGUUGUCAUAGUAAACAUCUUGUUUUUUCUAUGUAUACUGUAUAAAUUUUUCGUUCCCUUGCUCUUUGUGGUUGGGUCUAACACUAACUGUACUGUUUUGUUAUAUCAAAUAAACAUCUUCUGUGGACCAGGCCCCCUGGGUCAGCGCUUACGUUUAAAUAACAUUUGUCUCAACAUUUCUAGCUCAUAAAACGAUUUCUCAAAAAUUUAAGUUCUUUAUAAAAAUUAGAUUGUACAUUUCUACAUUCAUUUUAUUGCCAUUUUCUAAUGUAUGAUGUGUCCCUAAAUGUCAUGUUAAAUAAUGACAUCAUAAUAUUGCAUUGUAAAGAGAAUUUUUUUUUAGAAUUUUGCCAUUAUAAAUGUAUGAGUCUAUUAAAAUAUAAAGUACAAACCUUCAGUAUUUGCAGUAUGAAUGGAGUAAGUGAAACAGUUCAUGAAACAUGAUCAUACUGUUUUGAGGGCUCAGGCUCCUGCGUGCAUGUCUAAUCUGUUCCCAUUAGCAGGUGAAGGAAGCUAGGGCUGAAACAAGAGUUUUCCGCGCUCUCAGGGAGCUAUGUGGCAUGUCAGAAUCUUAGGUCUCAGAACAUACCUUGUUUGGUUUUGAUAUUGGUUUGGUUUGAUUCUGGUACAUGGCACAUUAAUAUGCAGAUACAUUAUAUAGAUAAUCAUAUAUUACCUGAUGUUUCUUUACUUUGCCAGCUUUAAAAAAGUAUCUUAUGCAAUUGUGAAUUUUAGAAACUUCCAAAUAAACACCACAAACCUUCCAGCUUA